UAAAUAAGUUAAGCUUAACAAAGUAUAAGUUUAGUUCCCUCUAAAAAAAAAAGGUAUAAGUUUAGUUUAGUAAUAAUAAAUAUUAAUUGAGCAAAAACAACACUACUUAGUUUUUAGAAAGAAACCAAAAAAAAAAAAAAGGAAAAACUACUCAAGGGAGUUUAUUAGUUUGGGCUAGACAACCUGCGAGAAGAAUCUGGGCUUGUUCAUUAGUCCAUGGACAGAAGCCAUAUUUCAGCAAACUUUUGCUUUUAGAUGAGAUGAGAUCCAAAAAACAAACCUUUUCUCUCAUGUCCAUCGUUUUUCUGUCUUUCUCUCUCCUUCUUCCUCAGUGCGAUUGCCACUGAACUUGUACUCACACUGGUAAAGAUCAUCACUUUACUAAAUAUCCUUCAAUGGGCACUCCAUCAGCUGCCCUGUACUCUACUAAAUACCCUCUCACUUUCCAAUUUAGCAGCAAAAUUUCAGCUAGGCAUUUCAACAAACACCUGGUGUGCCGAAGACAAUCCGCAGUAUCCUUCCCCAGUAGCGCGGUAAAUUUGUCUAAUUUCUCUGCUUUUUCGUUAAAUUCAGCUAAUUUUAGGCGUGCCCAUGUACUUCAACCUAUUCAAUGUGCUUAUGCUGAGAACCCCAGUUCAAAUUUUCAGCCCCAGGUGAUUUUACAAAAUCUUAGGAACUUGUCUUUUGAUUCUGUUAAAGGGGGGUUGUCUGAAUUGACUCCAAUUGGUGCUUGUAAAUGGGUUGGGAUUGCUGCAGUUGCUAUUGCAGCGGUGAAGUGGGCAUUUAAUUUUGUAUUCAACCCUUUUAUUUGGAUGUACUUUAGUUGGUCAUGGUUAUUUUGGCCAUGGCUUGUGGCAAUUGGGCUUGGGGUAUAUGGUAUUUAUAGUUUCCGAAAGCAUUGUCGUGGUGAAGCUAGUAUUGUUGAGCAACUUGCCAUUGUUACUUCUACAUUCACUUGGCUUACACUAGUUCCACCAGCAUUUUUCAAUGGGUUCUUAGAAGGAUGGCCAUUUGUGUUCUUCUUGGUUUAUCACUAUUUCUUCUUUCUCAAUGUGAGCAUUCGGAAGCGGCUUUAUGGGGAUUAUUUUCUUAGGUCAUAUGAUCCCAAGUGGGAUGUGAAUGUUCCUAGUUUGUACCGGGGUUUGUUCAGUGUAGGAGUUAUGAUUGGACAUUGGCUUGCAGCAUUCGAGGGGCCAGAAUUGCAUCUUAUUCCGGGGGGAUGGAGCAACAUUGGGAUAUGGGGUCUCAUAAUGGCUACGGUUUUCAUGCAUUACCAUGCCUCAUUGUACCUGGCAAAGUACUCGGAGAAGAUUGUAGAGCCGACUUCAGUUGUUCAAUUUGGGCCAUAUAGAUGGGUUCGUCAUCCUAUUUAUGCAUCCACGAUGCUUUUAUUCCUCACAUAUUUUGUGUCACUCCGGGCUCCACUGAGUUGCCUUUACACAAUUGGCGUUUGUAUAUUGUAUUAUGAUCAGAAAGCAAAGUUGGAGGAAGCAUUGAUGAUAGACGCAUUCAGAGAGAGCUAUCUUGAGUACAUGAGCAAAGUUAGGUACAAAUUUAUUCCUUUUGUUUACUAGAUACGGAAUAUGAUUCAGUACAAGUAUUAGGUGUUUGUGAUAAUUGAUAGAUGCAAUGGAAUAUGAACAAUUACAGCAUUUCCUCAAUACUCACUUACUUCUAUGGUUAUUGAUUUGAUGUUUUGUGGAUCUAGUUAAUCAGUCCCAUCUUUUCUAUUCAUCAUAUUCAGCUAGACUUGUAUAAUAUCAUCUUCCCUUUCAUUUCA